AUGUUUUAUGACUACAAUCAUAAUGGAUUCCUAUUGACUAUUUUUAUAUGCAAUGUUACAAGCAUAAUCUCUCUAUUAUUGAUUAUCCUAUUUUACAUAGUUGGAAAUGGUAGCAAAUACUUAAUAUAAAAGUAUGCUUAUUAAUCAAGCUUAUAGGUUAUAUUUCUUCUAAGUGAUGGUUUUGCUAGUUUUUUUUGUCCCAUAGACUAUUGGACCUUUCUUUUACUCAGAAAAAAUUGAUAGUGCUUAUAAUGCUAAUAAUUCAUUCACAUAUUGUUAAAUUUACGAAGAGAAAGAGAUAACCAAUUAAGAAAGUAAUCUUAAUUUGUAAAACUGCAUGACAGAUGGAUGUAAAAUCAAUAUAUAUCAAUUAGAUUGCAAAUUUUAAGGAAUCACUAAUAAUGGAGCUUGGUUUGCUAGUUCUUUAUUCUCUUUUUUAUCUUGUCAUGCAAUCUAUGAAAUAAUUGUAAAACAACGCUAAAUAAAAAAGCAAUUUAGUAAAUACUUAAUUCUUAUUGUUCUGCUAACAAUCCUUUGCAAUUUAGGUUCUUGUUUCGCUAAAUUUCGACAUUAUGGCAUUACAUAUGAUAAAGAAAUUAUUCUAUAUAUUUGUAAUUUAGAUUUAGUAAAAGGGCCAUGGAUGAUAUGGUGGAUAUUUUAAUUAAUGGUGAAUCUGGUUGUACUUGUAUUUGGAAUGAUCGAAUAUAUAAAAUUGCGAAAAUCAAUCAAAUAAUUAUAAAUAAGACUACACUAAAAUUUGAAUUCCAUAAAAGCCUUAAAGAUUUAAAUAUUGCUUCUUUUUGUAAUUUUAUUUUGGACAAUUAAUAUUUUUGUAAAAUUGUUUGAGGAGUACGCUUUAUAUAAUUUAAAAUGGAAACUAGUCUAAAUAAUUUUAUUUAUGUUCAUGCUUCCUGUUUAACUAUUGGGAUUAUGCUAUGCACAAUUUUAUUUUUAUAGUUUUCAAGAUCAUCUAUAUCAAAACUUGCCUCCUUGUUUUAGGUUUUUAUUGAAUAUUCUAGUUCAAAUUAAUUUUGUAACCUUUUAUUUUUCAUAUGUAAGUACUUUAACUAAUUGUUUAGCAUAAAAAGAAAGAGAUUAGUAUGGAAGAUGACAAAUCUUCGACCAUAAGUAAUGAAGCAUCAUUGAUCUAUAAUCAAAAUGAAAUAUUAGCAAAUUGA